AUGGAUUGGAAGGUGACAAUUAUCACAUAUAAUGUGGCCAUGAAAAUUUGUGAUGAAAAAAUUGUUGAGAAUUUUUUGGCCGGACAAAUUGAGGAGAGCUCGAAUAUUGUUGUGAUUGGAUUGCAGGUGGGGUUUUUGGGGCUGGAAAUUUGACUGAAAAUGUGAAAAUUACAGAAAAUUCAUCUGAAAAUUCAAAAAUCAAUUUUUAUUAAUUUUAGGGUUGGAAAAUUGUCUGAAAAUUUUUGAAUUUCAAAAAAAAAUCACUUGAAAAUGUGAAUUUUCAGAAAAAAAUCAUUGUUAAAAUUGGAAAUAUUGAAAACCACAAAAGAAUACAAAAAACAUUAUUGAAGAUUUCCAAUUUUUAAUUUAAAAAAUCUUGAAACAGUACAUUUUUCAAUAUUAUUUUUUACAAAAAUUGAACUAAAAAUUAGUUAUUAGUGAUUUUGAGAGGCUGAAAAUUAGUCUGAAAAAUCUUGAAAAACUUUCGGGAAAUUCUAGAAAUUAAUUUUGAAACCUUGAAAAAAUCUGAAUUUCCUAUGAAAAAUUGCACCCAUAAACUAGGUGAAAAUGCACAUUUUGAUCAAUUUUUAUUGAUUUUUGGCUCCAGAAAAUCCUAAAAUUUUCCCAGGAAGUCGCUCACGCUGAAACCAUUGGUGGAGCUAUAAUCACUUGGUGUCAACACAUUCGAGAAUGGAUGAAUCGAAAUGAGAAGAUGGUUUUGUUGGGCAAAACUUAUCAAAUGACAAAUCAGGUUAUGGUAUUUGUCAGGAAACAGAUUAUUGCAUUUGUGAGUUUUUUUUCAGGGGGAAAUUUGGCGGGAAAUUAGGGUUUUGGAGCGAAAAUUGAAAUUUUUGGCGCCAAAAUUUAAAUUAAAACUUGAUUUUUAGCGCCAGAAAAUUUGAAUUUCAAAUUUCAAAUUGUUUUUUGGCGCCUUUUAUUCCCGAAUCACUUCAGAAUCCGAUUUUUCUUGCAGAUCCGAAAAGUUGAUUUUCGAUUUGCUAAAAAUACAAUGGGCGGAUUGACUGGACAUAAAGGAUCAAUUGGAGUGAGGAUUCAACUAAGGGUUAGUGAAUUUCUGCUGGAAAUUUGGCUGAAAAUGGGAUUUUCAGACAUUUUUAUCUCAAAAAAACUUGAAUUUUGAUUUUUUUUUUGAAAAUUGAAUAAUGGAUUCAGUGUUCAAUUAGCAAAGCUUAUCACAAUCGAAAAUAUUUCCUAUUUCUUUGAAACAGUGAUUUUUUUGGUUGAAUAAUUUCAUUUGAGAUGUUUUUUGCUCUCGAAAAAAAUUCCCCGAAAAUCUAAUGUUUCAAAAUUUCUUGAAUUAAAAAUUGGGAUUUUUCGAAGUGAAGCCUAAAUUUAGGGCCUAAGCCCAAAGCCUAAAGCCUAAACUAAAGCCUUUGAUGAUCCCAAUUUUCUAUAAAAUUCUUUGGAAAUCCAGAUUUUUAUCGUAUUUUUCAACACAAAAAUUUACUGUUUCAAAGAAUUUUGAAUUGAAAAUUGGGAAUUUUUAAAAAUGUUCGGCUAGUGGUUAGUAUGUCUAUAUUUCUGAUUUUUAAGCGGCUUGAAGCCUGAAGCCUGCAUCUAGGACCUAAGCCCAAGCCUAUAAUAAAUAAAAUAGAAAUAACCUUUCAUGGUCCUAUAUUAUUACAGAAAAAAAAAUUUAACGGAAAAAAAUCCAGUUUUUAUCAAAAUUUAAAUCCCAAAAAUCUACUGUUUCAAAAUUUUUUGAAUUGAAAAUUGGAAUUUUUCGAAAUGUUCCUAUCUAGGUUUUUGUCUUUAUUUUCAGAAUUUUUUAAAACCUAGAACCUAAAGCCUAGACCUAAAUUUAGGGCCCAAGCCCAAAGCCUAAUGUCUAAACUGAAGCCUUUAAAGCCCUAAUUUAUUACAGAAAAAAAUUUCACUGAAAAAAAUCCAGUUUUUAUCAAAAUUUUUCAACACAAAAAUCUACUGUUUCAAAAUAUGUUGAAUUAAAAGUUGGAAUUUUUCGAAGUGUUGGAUUAAUUGUUUCUUUGUCUAUUCUUUCAGAAUUUUUGAAGCCUAAAUUUAGGGCCCAAGCCCAAAGCCUAGAGCCUAGAGCCUUCAAAGCCCUAAUUUAAUACAGAAAAAAAAUGAUACGGAAAAAAUCCAGUUUUUAUCAAAAUUUUGCAAUCCAAAAAUCUACUGUUUCAAAAUUUUUUGAAUUGAAAAUUGGGAUUUUUUGAAAUGUUGAAUGCUGACUUCUUGGUUUUAUGUUUUCUGAAUUUCUUGAAAGUCUGCAGCCUAAAUUUAGGGACCAAGCCCAAAGCCUAAAAAAGCCUGGAGCGUUUAAAGCCCUAAUUUAUUACAGAAAAAAAUUUCACAGAAAAAAUCCAGAUUUUUAUCAAAAUUUAAACCCCAAAAAUCUACUGUUUCAAAAUAUUUCGAAUUGAAAAUUUUUGAAAUGUUAGGCUGUUUUUUUAGCGUAGGGCUAUAUUUCUGAUUUCUUAAGCGGCCUGAAGCCUGAAGCUUAAGCCUAAAGCCUAAAGCCUAAAGCCUAAAGCCUAAAGCCUAAUGUCUAAAGCCUUUAAAGCCCUAAUUUAUUACCGAAGAAAAAUUACGGAAAAAAUCCAGUUUUUAUCAAAAUUUUUCAUUCCAAAAAUCUACUGUUUCAAAAUAUUUUGAAUUGAAAAUUGGAAUUUUUAAAAAUGUUGGAAUGUUCAUUGACGCUGGUCUCUAUAACUUCAGAAUUUUCAAAGCCUGAAGCCUAUAUCUAGGGCCUAAAGCCCAAAGCCUUGAGCCUUUGAUGGCCCUAAAUUUCUAUAGAAAUAUUAGGAAAUCAGAUUUUUACCAAAAUUUCUAACCUCAAAAAUCUACUGUUUCAAAAUAUUUUGAAUUGAAAAGUGGGAUUUUUCGAAGUGUUGAUUGGAAAACUGUUCUCUUAGAAUUUUUGAAGCCUAAAUUUAGGACCUAAGCCCAAAGCCUAAAGCCUUUAAAGCCCUAAUUUAUUACAGAAAAAAAAAUUACGGAAAAAAUCCAGUUCUUAUCAAAAUUUUGCAACCCAAAAAUCUACUGUUUCAAAAUAUUUUGAAUUGAAAAUUGGGAUUUUUUAAAAUGUUGAAUCGAUUGUUUCUUCAUUUAUACUUUUAGAAUUCUUGAAGCCUAAAUUUAGGACCUAAGCCCAAAGCCUAAAGCCUUUAAAGCCCUAAUUUAAUACAAAAAAAAUUACGGAAAAAAUCCAGUAUUUAUAAAAAUUUCUAAACUCAAAAAUCUACUGUUUCAAAAUAUUUUGAAUUAAAAAUUUGGAUUUUUUCAAAAUGUUGAGUUUUUGACUACUUUGUCUCUAUAUUUUCGGAAUUUCUUGAAAGCCUAAAUUUAGGGCCUAAGUCCAAAGCCUAAACCUAAAUAAAGCCUUUGAUGACCCUAAUUUUCUAUAGAAAUUUUAGGAAAUCCAGAUUCUCACCUAAAUUUAAAUCCCGAAAAUUUACUGUUUCAAAAUAUUUUGAAUUAAAAAUUGGAGUUUUUUGAAAUGUUCCAUAGAUUUAUAACUCUUUAUUUGCCAGACAAAAUUUUACGGGAAAUAUCCAGUUUUUAUCAAAAUUUCUAAACUUAAAAAUCUACUGUUUCAAAAUUUAUUGAAUUGAAAAUUGGAAUUUUUAAAAAUCUUCUAGAAGUCCACCUGUAAUAUUUUUUGCAGAGCCCAUUUUCGCUGGUUUUUGUCGAUUCUCACUUUGUGCACGAUGUUUUAUCAUAUCAAAAACGAAUCGCUCAAUUUCACACCAACAAAACUUGCUGUUUUCCCGAAGACAAAAGUGUUCGAGCCGUUUUCUGGUUUGGUGAUUUGAAUUUUCGAGUUGAAGAAGACACUGAAGUUGUGAUGAGCAAAAUUCGGACGGGAACUUUUGGCGAAUUGUUGGGUGAGUGGUUUUUUUGAGCCUGAAAAUCUUGAAUUCUUCUUUUUUUCAGACACUCGAGAACAAUUGAAACGAGCUCUGGUGGAAAAAGAGGCGUUUUCUGGAUUCGAAGAGCAACCCAUCAAAUUUGCACCAACUUAUAGGUGAGGCUUGCAAAUUUUUUCUGUUUUAUAGCGAAAAUCCUGAAAUUUCUGUUGGAAAAUUGAAUUUUCAUCACAAAAAUGACUUUAAAAAUCCUGAUUUUUUACGUUUCAAAAUUUUGAUGAAAUUUUGCUCGAUUAUUUGAUUUUGAUUUUCGAUUCUUGAUAGGCUUCCUUGAAAAAAAUAUUAUCUGAAAAUGAAAAUUCUGAAAAUAUUUUUGAAAUUCAAUUUUUCCUUCAUAAAAAAAUGGCUGAAAUUCAAGAAAAAUCUUGAAAUUUCAGCAUUUUCUCAACCCUGAAAUUUUACGUAUCAAAAUUUUGAUUAAAUUUUUCGCGGAUUUUUGAUUUUCGUUUAUUUUACUUUAUCCAUUAACCGAUUAAAAGUUUGAAGAAAUUUUUUAAACUCGAUUUUUUGUUCAUAAAGAAUGGCUGAAAUUCAAGAAAAGUUCUGAAAUUUCAAUUUUCCCUCAACCCUGAUUUUUUACGUUUCAACAUUUUGAUGAAAUUUUUUUCGGAUUUUUGAUUUUCAAUGCUCAUUCUGAAUGUGGAAAUUCUGAAAAUAUUUUUAAAAUUUGAUUUUUUAUUAAAAAAAUAGCCGAAAUUCCAUAAAAAUUCUGGAAUUUCAAUUUUUCUCUCAAGCCUGAUUUUUUACGUUUCAAAAUUUUAAUGAAAUUUCGCUCGAAUUUUUGUUUUUCGAUUUGUUAAUAUUGUAUAUUACCUAAAAAAAAUUGAAACUGUCUUCAAAAUUUGAUUUGUGCCUUCAUAAAAAAUGACAGAAAUUCAAGAAAAAUUCUGGAGUUUUCAAAAUUUUCAUGGAAAUUCUCUUCAGAUUACACAUUGGCACACCAAAACACGAUUCAAAACGUACACCAUCCUGGUGUGAUCGAAUAUUGUACAAAGGCGACGGGAUUCAAGGAAUCUCAUAUAAAUCCAAUGAGAAAAGUGUGGCCAGUGAUCAUUUUCCAGUGAUUGGCAAAUUCAUGGUCAAGGUGAGAGUUUUGGCGGGAAAAAUGCUCGAAUUUUCGCGCCAAAAUCAAUUUUUCAAAAAUUAUUUUUUUUCCAGAUGCCAAUCGCACCGAAAUCACAUUGGGAUGUGGUUUUCGAACAUUUGCCCACCUGGUUCAGCUCCAUCCCUUUAAUCGGAAGAUUUCAAGUUGAUCCGAUUUUCAGCAAAGAAUUUGGAAGUAUGAGAGAUUGGAUUGGAGUUUAUCCGGUGAGUUUUUGGCGCCAAAAUCUACAGUAAUCCGAAUUUUUUGCAGUCCUCGAUUGAUGAUUGUACCUCAACAACACAUUGGAUCUAUUUUGCCACGUGUUUCGAGCAAAUAAUCGAAGAUCAAAAAUAUUCGGCGUGCGAAUUUGUUGAUCUACCAGUGGGAAAUUAUCGAUUGGGAUAUUUUUCGGCUUACUUGAAUUGUAUUGUUGGAUUAUCCAAGAGUUUUCAGGUUGUUGAACAACCUGAAACCUGA